AUGUCUGCUGAAUACAAGUCGAAGUCGUGGAAGAAGUGGUUGAAGAAGCCCUUCGGGCGGCGUCGUGCAGCCUCGCCGGCUCCGUCUGCCACACUGUCGACGGACAUCCAGUCAUCCGAUCAGGGAAAUGCAGAACACGGAUCGAAAGCGUCUUCCAUUGUCGCAACAGAGUCAUGUGCCCCCCCCUCCCCGUCUGCCGCAGCGGCGAAGGCUGCCCAACCCCGCACAAAUGCGAGAGUUCCCAACGAUCACCAACCACCCGCGGCAUCGCAAGCACUGCCUCCUGCUCUGCCCGCCGAACCCGCACCCAAACCUCCGCCGACCGAAUGUACAGACCCACCGACCCCUACCCUUUCCGUGUCCGAGAGACUGUGGAACGCCGCCUACGACAGUCUUGAGACGGACAAUGCAGAGCUUGUCGUGUCAUACCUGAAAACGUUGGAAACAGUUCUCGGAGCCAACCCAGGUAUUACCCCUGACACCGACAUCUCGGCCGAGUUCCAUGACCCGACCAAACGACAGAUACACAUGAGGAGGCUGGUGGAGGAAGGCCGGGCAAAACUUUCCAGAGCGUCCAAAAUCACGAACGGAGUAGGCGACGUCGCCGAUUUCGUCCUGUCGGUCAAGGGAAUAAUUGACCUGGCUGUCCAAAGCGUGCCGCAGGCUGCGCUUCCGUGGGCCGGUGUUUGCGUUGGACUGCAAAUGCUCCGGAAUCCCGCGCAAGCGAUGAAAUCCAACCUUGCCGGUCUCGCCCAUGUCAUCUCCAGAAUGGACUGGUACUGCGCGCUCACCGAACAUCUCCUGAACAAGCAAAACGUUGCUACUGGCAAGGAUAUCCAAGCAGUCUUGCGCCAGCUGGAAAGGAGCAUUGUCGAGCUCUACAAAUCUCUUCUCCAAUACCAGAUGAAGAGUGUUUGUUCCUACUAUCACAAUCAAAUGCUUGAAUUCCUCCGCGGUAUGGUCAAUCUGGAUGAUUGGGACGUCGAUCUGAAGCUGGUCACCGACGCAGAGGCUACCGUUCAGAACGAUGCUGCCCAAUCCUUUCAAGAACAAACGAAAAUUUCCUUAGGAAAACUUGUUGAGCAUGCCGAGGGAAUGGAGAGACGACUCGGCGACAUCCGUCAGGACAUUCGGGACUUCAUCUCGCUGCAGAAGGACGCCCGUAGGGAUGAUAUCGAGUCAGCGUGCCGCAGAGAUCUCCGCGUCGUUGAUCCGCAACACGACAUGGAGCGGAUCGAGAAGAAUAAGGAUGAACUGCUCGAUGACGCGUACAAGUGGAUCCUUCGCACCCCGGAGUAUACAGCGUUCACAAACUGGGACGAUAGCGGAUCCGAUCAUCUGCCACGUCGAUUGCUCUGGAUAAAAGGACACGCCGGCACGGGAAAGACGAUGCUCAUGAUCGGGCUCAUUCGCCAGCUCUCGGAUCAACCUGUUGCCCUAUCACCAGCACUUUCCUUCUUCUUCUGCCAAGGCACACACACAGCCUUGAACAACGCCACCGCCGUCCUCAGGUCUUUGAUCUGGCUUCUUCUUCUUCAGCAGCCAUGCCUCAUAUCCCAUCUACUUCAGAAGUACAAAGAGUCAGGCGCGGAUCUCUUCAGGGAUCAAAAUGCCUUCAUUGCCCUGUCCGAGGUGUUUCGGAAUAUGUUGAAGGAUCCUCAGUUGUCGCCUGUGUACCUCGCGGUCGACGCUCUUGAUGAGUGCGUGCAGGGGCGAUCGGACGUCAUCCAUCUUAUUUCGACUUCCCUCAGCGUCUCCCAGAAGGUGAGAUGGCUACUCUCUAGCCGUCCAGAAGUUGACCUUCUCGCUGGACUCAAGGAACAGAGUGUUAACUCCUUCAACCCUUCCAACUCCCUCGUCGAGCUAGAUACUCAGCGUCUGGAAGAACCUGUCAAUGCAUACAUCAACCAUAAGCUUAUGGGGUUCAAGUAUAGGGGAGGAUACGACGACCGCGUUUUGGCUGAGGUCUCUCGUGAAGUCCGGCAACGAGCAGAGAACACGUUCCUCUGGGUGGCUCUCGUGUUCAAAGAACUUAGUUCGGUGGAGGGCUGUGACGCUGUCGAGACCGUCCAGAGCAUCCCUCCGGGCUUGACAGAUUUGUACGGUCAUAUGAUGACCAGGAUUGAUGAAGGGAACGAGCGAAACCGGCAACGCUGUAAGAAUGUACUCGUGGCUACAUUCCUUGUGCAUCGCCCUCUGUCACUCUCCGAGCUUAUUGUAGUUGCAGGUUUGCCAGCGAAGAUUAAUCCCCGGGCAGUUGUGGAUCGAUGCGGCUCAUUUCUAACAAUCAAGGACGAAACGGUCUACCUAAUCCAUCAGUCCGCGAAGGACUAUCUGGGCGACAAUUACGCGACUAGACUUCAACCGGCUGGGCCCGCUCAAGGGCACAGCGAGAUUGUCAGACGCUCGACUGAUGCGAUGUCCUCAAUGCUGAGACACAACAUAUACAACCUCGACCGCGGCUUUAAACCGGAGAAUAUGGCGGCCCCUGAUCCAGAUCCGCUAGCUCCAAUACGAUACUCUUGUGUCUUCUGGGCUGACCAUCUCUGCUCCCUGAAUAGCGACAACUCCAGGUUUCUAGGAGAAUUGACAGACGACGGGAAGGUGUUUGGAUUCCUGAAGGAAUGCUUCCUCCGCUGGCUUGAGAGCUUGUCUCUUAUAGGGCAACUUUCCAGUGGGCUGUUCUCGAUAAGAAAGAUUCUGCAUGCCGCUCAGACAUACGGCUCCGCGCUCGUAUUCAGCCCAACUUUGAGCGAGAUUAGAAAUCGGUAUUGGAAGGAAAGGUUGUCUGUUAUCGAAAUGGCCGCUGGCAUUAGAGACCACUGGGGCGCGCACCGGCAGACGCUCGAGGGGCAUGGCGACUGGGUCAGCGCAGUGGCGUUCUCGCCGGACGGCAACACGCUUGCAUCGACUUCGGACGAUAAGACGAUCCGGCUCUGGGAUACGGCGACCGGCGCGCACCGGCAGACGCUCGAGGGGCAUGGCCACUGGGUUAGGGCAGUGGCGUUCUCGCCGGACGGCAACACGCUUGCGUCGGCUUCGGACGAUAAGACGAUCCGGCUCUGGGAUACGGCGACCGGCGCGCACCGGCAGACGCUCGAGGGGCAUGGCGACUCGGUCAGGGCAGUGGCGUUCUCGCCGGACAGCAACACGCUUGCGUCGGCUUCGCGCGAUAAGACGAUCCGGCUCUGGGAUACGGCGACCGGUGCGCACCGGCAGACGCUCGAGGGGCAUGGCCACUGGGUCAGCGCAGUGGCGUUCUCGCCGGACGGCAACACGCUUGCGUCGGCUUCGGACGAUACGACGAUCCGGCUCUGGGAUACGGCGACCGGCGCGCACCGGCAGACGCUCGAGGGGCAUGGCGACUCGGUCAGGGCAGUGGCGUUCUCGCCGGACAGCAACACGCUUGCGUCGGCUUCGGACGAUAAGACGAUCCGGCUCUGGGAUACGGCGACCGGUGCGCACCGGCAGACGCUCGAGGGGCAUGGCCACUGGGUCAGCGCAGUGGCGUUCUCGCCGGACGGCAACACGCUUGCGUCGGCUUCGGACGAUACGACGAUCCGGCUCUGGGAUACGGCGACCGGCGCGCACCGGCAGACGCUCGAGGGGCAUGGCGACUCGGUCAGGGCAGUGGCGUUCUCGCCGGACGGCAACACGCUUGCGUCGGCUUCGGACGAUAAGACGAUCCGGCUCUGGGAUACGGCGACCGGCGCGCACCGGCAGACGCUCGAGGGGCAUGGCCACUGGGUUAGGGCAGUGGCGUUCUCGCCGGACGGCAACACGCUUGCGUCGGCUUCGGACGAUACGACGAUCCGGCUCUGGGAUACGGCGACCGGCGCGCACCGGCAGACGCUCGAGGGGCAUGGCGACUGGGUCAACGCAGUGGCGUUCUCGCCGGACGGCAACACGCUUGCGUCGGCUUCGCGCGAUAAGACGAUCCGGCUCUGGGAUACGGCGACCAGUGCGCACCGGCAGACGCUCGAGGGGCAUGGCCACUGGGUUAGGGCAGUGGCGUUCUCGCCGGACGGCAACACGCUUGCGUCGGCUUCGCGCGAUAAGACGAUCCGGCUCUGGGAUACGGCGACCAGCGCGCACCGGCAGACGCUCGAGGGGCAUGGCGACUGGGUUAGCGCAGUGGCGUUCUCGCCGGACGGCAACACGCUUGCGUCGGCUUCGGACGAUACGACGAUCCGGCUCUGGGAUACGGCGACCGGUGCGCACCGGCAGACGCUCGAGGGGCAUGGCGACUGGGUUAGGGCAGUGGCGUUCUCGCCGGACGGCAACACGCUUGCGUCGGCUUCGGACGAUACGACGAUCCGGCUCUGGGAUACGGCGACCGGUGCGCACCGGCAGACGCUCGAGGGGCAUGGCGACUGGGUCAGCGCAGUGGCGUUCUCGCCGGACGGCAAAUGUCUCGAGACAAACCGAGGGCUGCUGAGCAUAACCGUAAAUUCAGAAGCUUUAAGCAGCUCUGGAGGCCAGAAACCCGCCAGUGGUUUUCUCUUCGUCGACGACGAUUGGGUUACAAUAGAUGGGAAGCAUGUUCUUUGGCUUCCCGCUGACUAUCGGGCAACAUGUGUGGCGGUUCAUGGUCAUACACUCAUCCUAGGGCACAGCUCUGGCCGAGUAACGUUCUUUCGGUUUGCUUUUGCAGAGUAA